CUAUGGGAGUGUCACUCACAGUUAGGCGUGUUCACUUCACUGUCAGUUCUCCACCGGACAAACACAGCUAAACGCUUUCUCACAGACGAAGCUGGUUCUGCCUUCGUCGCCACCUAUUUAUUAAUCUUCUAAGCGCUGAAGCAGUUUUCGAAGUGCAUCUGACACUGGCGAUUUUGCUCUUGGCGUCUGUUUUAAAGAUAAGACAGAAUCACUAACCGGCUGCUGCGGACCUCAAGGCUAUUAAGUGUUAUUCAGAGGCUCUGGCGUGAUGUCAGGUCUGGGCGGGUCGGAUGACAGAGAGCUGAGGCCGGUAGACUUCAUCCAGCUUCAGCAGUACAUUGACUACUGCAGUCUAAAAGUAAAAGAUGUGUUAAAGGAAUUCAAUGCAGAUGGCAGGUUAGCCAAGUACAGACACGGAGAGUGCAUUGAUGAGGAAGGUUUCCGCCUCUUCCUGAAGACAUAUUUGGAGGUGGAGGACUUCCCAACGGAUCUGUGCCAGCGGCUGUUCAGAUCCUUCCAGAACUCAGAGUCAGCUAAAUCAGAUGAAAACAUGGAAGUCUUUCUGAAGGAUGUAUCCUGUUAUUUCUCUCUCCUGGAAGACGGGCAGCCCAGGGACAAACUUGAAUUUGCCUUCAGGCUCUAUGACAGAGAUGGCAACGGUGUCCUGGACAGUUCGGAAGUGGACCGCAUUAUUGCCCAGAUGAUGCACGCAGCAGAUUACCUCGGUUGGGAUGUGUCUGAACUGAGGCCUGUGCUGAAGGAUAUGAUGACAGCGAUUGAUGCAGAUAGCAGUGGAACGGUGUCGUUACAGGAAUGGGUGGAGGGGGGAAUGAAUAACGUCCCGCUGCUGGUUUUACUGGGACUUAAGAUGACCCAAAGAGACGGCCAGCACCUGUGGAGGAUGAAACAUUUCAACAAGCCUGUGUACUGCAACGUCUGUCAGAAUAUGCUUCUGGGGCUGCGCAAACAGGGUCUCUGCUGCACCUGCUGCAAAUUCACAGUCCAUGGCCGGUGUGCAAAUAAAAACCCGGCUCCGUGCACCCGCACAUAUGUGAUGUCAAAGAAAGAGACUGGGAUUGCGGCCCAUGACUGGGUGAGUGGAAACUGUGAUUCUGGGAAGUGUGACCGGUGUCAGAAGAAGAUAAAGAGCUUGCAUGGCCUCACUGGGAAACGAUGUGUCUGGUGUCACACCAUGAGACAUGAUGAGUGUGCAACCCAGGAACCCUUUGAAUGUGAUUGUGGCCCUUUCAGAGAUCAUAUCUUACCACCGUGGGCCAUUUAUCCCAUCAUCAAGGAGAGGGCGAACUGCAUAAAGAAUGGCUGUGCAUUUGCAAGUGAUGACAGUGAGCACAACACUACACCUGAUGGACAGGUACUACAGAUAAACCCAAUUCCUGACACUCAUCCUCUUUUGGUGUUUGUGAAUCCUAAAAGUGGCGGUAAACAGGGGGAGAGAGUCCUUCGGAAAUUCCAGUACUUGUUGAAUCCUCGGCAGGUUUAUAACCUUUCCAAUGGUGGACCAGGACCAGGGUUAUGUUUCUUCAGAGAUCUGCCGGACUAUAGAAUAUUAGUUUGUGGAGGUGACGGCACAGUUGGCUGGAUCCUUGACGCUAUAGAUAAAGCCAACCUGCCAAUGCGCCCCCCGGUGGCCGUGCUUCCUCUUGGCACAGGAAAUGAUCUUGCACGCUGUCUUCGAUGGGGAGGAGGUUAUGAUGGUAUGGAUCUGGGCCGGAUCCUGAAGGACAUUGAGGGCAGUUCUGUGGUUCCGAUGGAUCGCUGGAGCGUACAGGUGACCCUGGAGGACAGUCAGGAGAGAGGUGACCCUGUGCCCUACGAAAUCAUCAACAACUACUUCUCCAUUGGAGUGGAUGCCUCCAUUGCUCACCGCUUCCACACCUUGAGAGAGAAACACCCACAGAAGUUUAACAGCAGAAUGAAGAACAAACUGUGGUAUUUUGAAUUUGCCACGUCCGAGACUAUCUCAGCAUCUUGUAAAAAACUCAAGGAGUGUCUCACCAUUGAGUGUUGCGGGACCCAGUUGGAUCUCAGUAAUCUUUCUCUGGAAGGCAUCGCCGUCCUCAACAUUCCCAGCAUGCACGGCGGCUCUAACCUGUGGGGUGAAGCCAAAAAAAGUGACAGAGCGGAGCAGGACUUGCCUGAAGUCAUAGUAGACCCCGAAGUCUUAAAAGUGAGCCCACAAGACAUGAGCGACAAACGCGUGGAGGUGGUAGGAUUGGAAGGAGCCAUCGAGAUGGGACAGAUAUACACAGGGAUGAAGAGCGCAGUCCGACUCGCCAAAACAUCUCAGAUUAUCAUCAGGACAAAUAAGCCUUUGCCCAUGCAGAUUGAUGGAGAACCGUGGAUGCAGCCACCUUGUACCAUUCACAUCACACACAAAAACCAAGCCAGUAUGCUGAUGGGCCCUCAAGCCAAAUCUGGCUUUUUCAACCUGAAAUAGAGUUUACCUGCGCUUGAGGAUGUUUCACUUCGCUUCGAAACUCUGUGUGCAUUAACAAGGACUCUGAAGCUAAUAACAGUGUAAAGUGUAUGUAGAUUUUGCAGAAAAUCCUUAAUAAGGUUAUAGCUCUUACUCAAAAUCCUUGUGUGUUUUUAGGAGAUUAUCCUUACAUGAGGUACAAACUCUUCGCUAGACCAUCUUAACAUCAAAUAUGCUCUCCUUAAAGAAAUGUAGCGCUCUUAAACAGUAGCUCAUGCAUUUUUGGCUGUGAUAAAAAACGCAUAUCAUGUGCACAGGUCAUUCCAGGUAAAUAGGUUGGAUAUUUGUUUUAAGGUUAUGUAGAUAUACAUAAAAAUAUGCAUCACUCCAAAGCAUCUAGUGUAUGAAUCAAGGUUUGAUGCACAGUGACUUUGCUGUAUAGGUGGUUUAAAUAUUAGAGAUAGAUCUUCGCUAACUCUGCACACUGCUUUUAGUUAUUCCUUUAGAUUUUUUCUCAGCUACUUUCACUAAUUUACUAAUCAUGAAUGUCAGAUUACUCCAGGCUAAACAAUCUUUACCAGAACAAUGACUAGCUUUAGCAAAUUAAAAUCUGAAGAGCUUUAUGAGACAUCUAAUUUAUUUGCUGUUAAAAUGUAAACACCUAAAAUAGUAGGUGUAAUGUUUAGAUAAAAUAUCGAAAUGAGACCAACAGUAUGUUAACAAUUGUUAUUAGGUUAUUUUCAUUGUAUUAAGAAUGUAUCAAGUCAGUUGUGUAAAACUGAUUUUGCAACAUUUCAUACAUUUACACAGUUAGCAGUCCAUCUAUUGUGUUUCCUUCAGAAAGCUCAAUGGGCAAAAUCCUAAAGGUUUUAGAUUGCACAUUUAUGGCACUCUGGCAGGCUUUUUAAAUUUACGUUGCUCCUGAGAAUGUAGAGGAUCUCUUAAUUUUGUGAAUUUGUCUGAAUAAACAUUU